AGCGCACUGAUUUGAUCUCACACCGCUGAGAGACAGCAAAAAUGUCGAUCACAGUAGAAGAGAUAAAGAACAAACUUCAGGAUCCAGUGGAUGACCUUGUUUUCUUCGUUAAUGGCAAAAAGAUCACCGAGAAAAAUGCAGAUCCUGAAAUGACGCUCCUGACAUAUCUAAGGAGAAACUUGGGUUUGACAGGAACCAAACUGGGAUGUGCAGAAGGAGGUUGUGGAGCCUGCACAGUGAUGGUGUCCAAAUAUCACCCACAUCAAAGCCGGAUUAUUCAUCAUGCAGUUAAUGCCUGCUUGGCUCCUCUAUGCUCUUUGCAUCACUGUGCAGUAACUACAGUGGAAGGCAUUGGCAGCGUAGCCAGCAAACUCCAUCCUGUACAGGAGCGAAUUGCUAAGGCUCAUGGAUCACAAUGUGGUUUCUGCACUCCAGGAAUUGUAAUGUCUAUGUACGCCCUAUUGCGAAACAUCCCUCAGCCCACCAUGCAUGACAUUCAGGAGGCCUUUCAAGGCAAUUUAUGUCGCUGCACAGGCUACAGACCCAUUCUGGAAGGCUACAGGACAUUCACAAAAAAUGGGGGAUGUUGUGGUGCAAAAGGGCAAACUAAUGGCUGCUGUAUGACUAACAGACACACUGAGGAGCAUGUCAAUGGAAAUUCAAUACGUCCAGCUCAGAAGUUGCAUGACCCAUCAGAGUUUAUGCCACUAGACCCAACACAAGAGAUUAUUUUUCCUCCUGAACUCGUGAGCCUAACUAAACAGCCACAGAGAGAGUUGAGGUUUAUUGGCGAAAGAGUGCAGUGGAUACAACCCAGCUCCCUUAAAGAACUCCUAGAACUGAAGGCAACCUAUCCAAAUGCUAAACUAGUAGUUGGGAACACAGAAGUUGGUAUCGAGAUGAAGUUCAAGAACCUACUUUAUCCUAUGAUUCUGGCCCCAGCCUACAUACCAGAACUGACCAACAUUCAGCACACCCAGGAAGGUAUCGAGGUUGGCGCAUCAGUGACAUUGACUGUGCUGGGAGAUGUGUUGCGUGAAGUGGUAAAUAAGCUGCCUGCUCAUCAGACUGAGGUCUUUAAGGCUGUUCUGGAGCAGCUGCGCUGGUUCGCAGGACAGCAGAUCCGAAAUGUUGCAGCUGUUGGUGGCAAUAUUAUGACAGCAAGUCCCAUUUCAGACCUCAACCCUGUGUUCAUGGCUGCAGGCUGCAAGCUAACUGUGAUGUCCAAAGGGGGGAAACGUGUUCUUGAGAUGGACGACAAGUUCUUCCCUGGUUAUAGAAAGACAGUUUUGAAGCCAGAUGAGAUUUUGUUAUCUAUUGAGAUUCCAUACACAAGAAAGGGCCAGUACUUUUCAGCUUUCAAGCAGUCCCCUCGUAAAGAAGACGACAUCUCUAUUGUCACAUGUGGAAUGAACGUAUGCUUCCAUGAACGAUCCAACAUUGUGCAGAAUAUCCGGAUAAGCUAUGGAGGAAUGGCCCCUGUUACUGUUCUUGCCACCGCUACAUGCAAAAGUUUGCUCGACAGGCAAUGGAAUGAGGAGCUGCUACAGAAAGCCUGCACCUCAUUGGCUGAGGAGAUUACUUUAUCUCCCUCAGCUCCUGGUGGGAUGGUGGCAUACAGAUGCACACUGACUAUCAGCCUGUUCUACAAGUUCUUUCUCACUGUCCAACACAAACUGGCUCUGGAAUUGCAAACUGAGGGUGUCACUGUUAAAGACAUAAGACCUGAAUAUGCUACUGCUACUGAGCUCUUCAAGUUGGACCCACCAUCCAGUGUACAGCUUUACCAGGCCAUUCCCCCUGGUCAGAGCAGUGAUGAUGUGGUGGGCCAUCCGAUCAUGCACCUGUCUGCACUAAAGCAGGCCACAGGAGAGGCGGUCUACUGUGAUGACAUCCCCUGCUAUAAAAAUGAGCUCCAUUUGGCUUUGGUCACCAGCACUAAAGCUCAUGCCCUCAUAAAAUCCAUUGACACUUCGAAUGCAAUGGCAGUUCCUGGAGUGGUUACAUUCAUCUCUGCCAAUGACAUUCAAGGAAGUAACAUGACAGGACCUAUCGUCUAUGACGAAACAGUCUUCGCAGAUAAUAAGGUCACAUGUGUGGGACACAUAGUGGGGGCCAUUGUGGCAGACACACAGGCCCAUGCUCAGAGAGCAGUCAAGGCUGUAAAGAUAAGCUAUGAGGAGUUGCAGCCUGUGAUUGUCACCAUUCAGGAUGCUAUUAUCAAUAAAUCCUUCUAUGAGCCAGUGAGAAAGAUAGAGAGAGGAGAUGUUGCCCAAGGAUUUAAAGAUGCUGAUCACAUCCUGCAUGGUGAAAUGCACAUUGGAGGACAGGAACACUUUUAUCUGGAGACUAAUUGCACCUUGGCUAUCCCUCACGGAGAAGACGGAGAAAUGGAGAUGUUUGUGUCCACACAGUCGGCAUCCAAGACUCAGGCCCUUGUGGCUAAAGCUCUGGGAGUGCCAGCUAACCGAGUGGUGUGUCGGGUAAAGAGGAUGGGAGGAGGAUUUGGUGGAAAAGAGAGUCGAAGCACCAUCCUGUCCACAGUGGUAGCUGUUGCUGCACAGAAGCUCAAGCGACCAGUUCGCUGCAUGCUGGAUCGCGAUGAGGACAUGCUGCUCACAGGUGGUCGACAUCCAUUCUUUGGACGUUAUAAGGUUGGAUACAUGAACAAUGGAAAAGUGCUUGCACUUGAUGUGACUUUCUAUAGCAAUGCAGGCAAUUCUAUGGACCUGUCAUUGUCGAUCAUGGAGAGGGCACUGUUCCACAUGGAGAACUCCUACAACAUCCCUAACAUUCGUGGCACAGGCUACCUGUGUAAAACCAACUUACCAUCUAACUCAGCGUUCAGAGGGUUUGGUGGGCCGCAGGGCAUGAUGAUUGCAGAGAGCUGGAUGAGUGAUGUGGCUAUGAGCUGUGGUCUACCUGCUGAAGAGGUGAGGAGGUUGAAUAUGUACAAGCAGGGAGACCUCACACCCUUUAAUCAGUGUCUGGAUCAGUUCACCAUUGACCGCUGCUGGGAGGAGUGCAUGCAGAUCUCAGACUUCUGCAAACGCAAGGCUGCCGUAGAACAGUACAACAAACAGCAUCGUUGGACCAAGAGAGGGCUCUCCAUCAUUCCGACGAAGUUUGGCAUCAGCUUUACUGCUGUCUUCCUCAACCAGGCAGGAGCAUUGGUACAUGUGUACACAGAUGGUUCGGUUCUUCUUACUCAUGGUGGAACAGAGAUGGGGCAAGGCCUGCACACAAAAAUGGUCCAGGUGGCCAGUAAAACACUUGGAAUCUCCAUCACAAAGAUUCACAUCACAGAAACCAGCACUAAUACAGUUCCCAACACCAGCCCUACAGCUGCCUCUGCCUCUUCAGACCUCAACGGCAUGGCUGUCUAUAAUGCUUGCCAGACAUUGCUCCAGAGACUUCAGCCAUACAUAGACAAGAACCCCAAAGGGUGUUGGGAGGAUUGGGUGAAAGCAGCCUAUUUUGACAGAGUAAACUUGUCUGCCAAUGGAUUUUACAAGACUCCAGAUCUUGGCUAUGAUUUUGACACAAAUUCAGGAAGGGCAUUUAACUACUUUACUUACGGAGUUGCCUUCUCAGAGGUGGAGAUAGACUGUCUGACUGGCAGUCAUACGAACAUUCAUGCCUCCAUUGUCAUGGAUGUGGGCAAGAGUUUAAAUCCAGCAAUAGACAUUGGACAGGUGGAGGGUGGAUUCAUGCAGGGUUUGGGUCUGUUCACUCUGGAGGAACUACGCUACUCUCCUGAUGGUUACCUGUACACUCGUGGUCCAGGCAUGUACAAGAUUCCUGCCUUCGGGGACAUCCCAAUUGAAUUAAAGGUCUCGCUGCUGAGAGACGCUCCCAACGAGAAGGCCAUCUUCUCCUCAAAGGCUGUAGGAGAACCUCCUCUCUUUCUGGCGGCCUCAGUCUUCUAUGCCAUUAAAGAUGCCAUCACAGCUGCCAGGGCUGAGUCCGGUCUCACUGGACCCUUCAGACUGGACAGCCCCGCCACACCUGAACGGAUACGAAAUGCAUGUGAAGACAAAUUUACUAAACUGUGUCCUCCUGCGGAGCCUGGCACCUUUACUCCAUGGGCUGUGCAGGUGUAAGACACAACAUGUUCAGUUUCAAGGACCUCAGCAUUGCUUUGUUUGAACACACAACACUAUGGCAUCACAGGGAACACAGACAUGCACCGAUUCAUAUAAUUGCCAAAGAAACAGAAUGACUGAGAAUUUUGAGUAGAUAAUACUGUGAAAACAAAAGCAUUGUGCUUUUGUGACCUAUUAAUGUGUUUGAGGUGCUGUCAGUGAAACUUGCAUUAUAUGAAAAUAGUUUAAGUAUUAAAUACUGAUGUUAUAUUAUGUUGACUUUCGAUUUAAUAAUGGUAAUUGAAUUAAAUAGUCCUUCCUUAUAAAUUAUAAUAAUAGUAUUUAUAAGUCAGAUUCAUCUUAGCCCACAGUGCUUGCCAUUUACAUUUUAAUACUCAUGAUUAGAUGACUAAUGUGCAUAUUUAUACAUAGUCAUAAUAUUUUAGAUUUAUCAAAGGUUAUUGUUGAUUAAUGAUAUUUUAUCAUUUAAAAAUUCAAAAUGCCAAAUGUAUCAUUUGAAUACACCUCACUGUAUUAAAUAAAAGUCUGCAGUCAUAAGAUUCACAUACUAUA